AUGCCAGUGCUCACACUCCGCCGUGUCGGACUGCUCACCCUCGGCGCAGCCGCAGGCCUCUUAUCCCUCCUCCAGCCCCGCCUCGAGCGAGCAGGCGUGACCCGCACCGUCAAGGGCUUCAACAACGAGAACUGCUUCCCCGUGCCAGGCCUCGAGGCGUGCGAGGAUGCGGCCUGGGUUGACCAGGAGUCGGGGACGGCGUAUUUGGUCUGCUCGAGUCGCGAAGUCCGCGUUCACUGGGUCCCUGCUACUCUCCACCUGAAUGCGACCCAGUUGCCGCAAGUCAGCACCGACUACAUCGCCGUCUUCGACCUGGCCUCUCGCUCGCACAAGCGCGUCAAACUCGUCGGUCUCCCCGCCGAGGCAAACGGCAUCUGGGUUCACGGAAUCGACAUCUGGCGCUCCCCGUCCGACCCGAACCACCUCACCAUCUUUAUCAACUCGCACCGCCCGCCGAAGGACCGCUCGCUUGCGCCGACGCAGGGCGCGGACUCGGUUAUCGAAAUCUUCGAGACUCUUGUCGGCACGGACGAGGCGCGCCAUGUCAAGACGGUCAAGCACAAGCUCAUUCGCACGCCCAACAAUAUCGCUGCGACCGGCCCGCGCACUUUCUACAUGAGCAACGACCACCGGUACAAGACUCACUGGACCCGCAAGUACGAAAAGUAUGCCUCGGUUGCGAGCGACAUCAUCUACUGCGACGCCUCGCGUGCCACGCCCGACUGCAUUGUCGCUGCUGACAAGGUUACUUACCCGAAUGGAAUCGCCAAGGGACCCGGAAACCUCCUCUACCAGGCAUCGACGCUCGAAGGUCUUGUGCGCGUCUGGGAGGCCCAGAGCGACCACACGCUCAUUCCCCUUGACGUGAUCAAGAUCAACCGCCACUUCGACAACAUCCACGUCGGCCACGACGGCGCGAUGUACGCUACGGCGCUGACCAAGAUCUUUGACUUUACCGAGGCCGGCAAGGACGCGGGAUUGUCGGGCAAGACGGUCGCGACCGAGUGCUUCCGCAUCAAGAAUGAGACGAGCGACGCUCAGUUCCUCGGCAAGAAGUACACCUCGGAACUGAUCUUCGCCGACGACGGCCGCAAAGUCUCUGCCUCGACCACCUGCGCGCCGUACCAGAACAAGCUCCUCCUUACGGGUCUCUUCUCGAAGGAGGCUGUCGUCUGCACGCUCAAGUAG